UUCGUAUAAUGCUCCGCACUGCGGGAUUCAUUAUGCAUUUUUCGCCACUCGUUACCAGGCUAUCACGGUUCAAAGAUCAUUGUUAUGCAAAUUAAAUUGGUGUAUAUAAACAGCCAUGUGCUCAUUGCUCGUUGUCUUUUUUUCGCGUGCUUACUGUUAAAGCCAGGCUAUCAAGUAUGUCGGAAGCAGGAGAGACGCCUGAAGACCGAGACGGUGGAGGCCAAAAUGUAAACGACCGAAWUGAGAUGUUAUCUCAUUCAGUCGAAGUAAUGGCCCAACAAAUGGCCAGAAUAAGCGAUGUCAUGUCGGUGGACGCUAYUGACUUGGUAGACGAAGAGCUACCACGAGAGCCUUCGGUCUUUGACCYGGCCGAAAGCAUUACUGGCGAAGGUCAAGCCCUCGAGGAGGGCGAAUUACCUUAUCAAGAUUUGUUUAAAGACACAGAAGACUGUGGUCCUAAAGUAAAUGAGGGAAUUGCGAAACGGGUCAACAGUGCGUGUACAAAGAAACCAGCCAAAGAGCAGUUCGCUAACAUACAGAAGAAAUACGUGAGGCCGGAGAACUGCGAAUAUUUAAAGUCUCCUCGGGUGAAUCCUGAGUUAUGGGAUGACCUUCAGGACAAAACGAGAGCUCGAGAGGGUUCAUUUCAAGGAUUCCAGAGGAAUCUUAUUAAGGGAAUUAUCCCGGUGAUUCAACUCGCUGACAAGGUCGUUGAAGCGAAGAAACGCAAAGAGGAAAACAUUAAGAUUAGCGAGGUUUACGACUUGACUGUCGAUGCGUUGACCCUUUUGGGUAGUUCAGUUUACGACUUUUCCAUGAAAAGACGGGAACUGCUCAAGUCUGAAGUUGCUCCAGCCUAUAAAUCGCUGUGUCACGAGUCGCAGCCAAUUACAACAAUGUUAUUUGGGGAUGAACUGCCCCAAAGUAUCCGUAACAUUGCUCAGGUGAAACGCAUGGCUGCUCGAAGUGUAAAUAACAAGCGUAAAC